UAGGGAAGAGUAUCUUCGAUUCUCGCGAUCGACCAAGAUGCCACCAAAAAAGAAUAAAGAAUCAGAGGGUAGCAAAGGAAAAGGGAAACGUCCUGCAAAGAAAAACACAGCUGAUGACAGUGAACCCAAAUCUAAAAAGGCAAAGAACACAAGUGUUGAAUCUGAAGAAUCCGUUGAGGACGAGGAAGAAGCUGGAGAAAUUGACUAUGCAUGUACAACUACCUGCAAGAAAUGGAACUUUAAAAUUUCAUCCUGGAAUGUGAAUGGAAUCCGAGCUUGGCUGAAACAUGGCUCUACAUUGGCUUACAUGAAAAAAGAAGAUGCUGAUGUUUUCUGUAUACAGGAGACAAAAUGCCCAGAGAAAGAACUUCCAAAGGUCCAUNAGUGGUUCGAAUCCCGUACAGGCCUAAUUUUUUUCAGCAAAGUGAAGCCUUUAAAUGUAUCCUAUGGCAUAGGAAUCGCGGCGCAUGACAACGAAGGACGAGUCAUUACCGCUGAAUUUGAAGACUUCUAUUUAGUGACAGCUUAUAUACCAAAUUCAGGAAGAGGACUUGAAAGGCUUGAUUAUCGCCAGGGCUGGGAUAAAGAUUUCAGACAAUACCUCAAGGAACUGGACAAUAAGAAACCUGUUGUUCUGUGCGGGGACCUCAAUGUAGCUCAUAAGGAAAUAGAUCUAGCCAAUCCGAAAACAAACAAAAAAACAGCAGGCUUCACCAAAGAAGAACGCCAAGAUUUCACUGAGCUGCUCGAGGAAGGUUUCGUCGAUUCAUUUCGUCAUUUUUAUCCCAACAAAACCAAGCAGUACUCGUUUUGGUCUUACAUGAGAAACUCUCGCGCAAAAAAUGUUGGCUGGCGCCUUGACUACUUUGUCGUUUCCGAGAGGCUGGUACCUAAAUUGAGCGAUAGCCUCAUCCGCAUGCGUGUUACAGGGAGUGACCACUGUCCAGUUGUGUUAUUACUGGCUCUUUAGACGCUACAAUGUGCAUUUUUGUGUAAUUUUGCAGGAUUUCAAACAUUGAAACCAACCAUAUCUCUGGGAUAACUUUGGGAAUUAGCUUAUUAAUGUAAUUAAAGUUUUAGUUUGCGAAUUUGUUACCGUUUUGCUCACAUUUGAGUCAUUCAGAAUGAAAAAUGUUGUUUUUUUAUUGUAAUUUGGAAGUUAUGUCAAACACGUUUGUAUCAUCAAAUAAAUUAAGAGUAACUCUAUUGAAUGAAAGCUCGCUGGAAUUCGCCGAUAGAUGAUUCGUUUAUGACUUCAAGUCACUUCAACUCAGCGAAAGUUUUGACUUUAUAAACCCAGACUGAUAAAGUCCACCUGAACUUUCUUACACAGGACUUCUGUGGGAGGCAGGAUCAGGAAAAAAUUCUCCUCAAUCGAGAAUCUCUUUCAGUCAUAAUGCAAAUACGCAAACCUAUUUCAGUCGAGAUUACAGUUUCUUUCUCUGAAUGCAGCUUUCUCUUCAGGGGAACUUUGCUAAAAGAGGGGAACCACAAUGUCUUACUGCAACACUGCCACUGAAUCAAAGAUUAAGGGCACGAGAAUAAAGGAAAUCAUCAUCAACUAAAAAUGCCUCUGAUUGUUAGAGACAUUCUCCAUGUUAGUGCCGUAAGAAAUGAGCGAAGAACAGUAUAGAGAAUAUGCAGAGAAUAGAAUAGAGUGUAGAAUAGAAUAGGGCGUACGGGGUAAAUUCCUCAUCUCCGAAACAAAAUCGACUGUACGCUCAAGACCAAAGAGAACGAGGGACUGUCCACAGUUUUGUUUAUUCCAGCUUUUCCUUAACGUAAAAACGUCAUAGGGAUUUAUUUUGCGUAGGAUGUAAGUGUCCUUAGUAAUAAUGUAUUCCUUCUUUGGCAAAAACAACCAUUGCUUAUAAAUAACAAAGCCUUGAAAAAUAUCACUCUGUUAAAUCUAGAAAAUAUACACCGUGUAUCUAUUGAUAAAUUGUAUAAAUAAUACGGAGGUGCGACCCGAAUACAGUACAGAUAAAUAUUCGCAUUAAAUUGAGAUUGAUUACA